AAACACCCUGCUUGCUUUGCCUCCGAGGAGCCUGUGUAGCAAUGAACGUCUUCCGGAUCCUGGGAGACAUCUCCCACUUGCUGGCUAUUAUCAUCCUGCUGCUUAAGAUCCAGAGGUCUAAGUCCUGCGCCGGUAUCUCUGGGAAAAGUCAGAUUCUUUUUGCCCUUGUCUUCACAACCCGCUACCUGGACCUGUUCACAAACUUCAUAUCCGUCUAUAACACCGUGAUGAAGGUAAUUUUCUUGCUAUGUGCCUACAUCACCGUGUACAUGAUCUAUGGGAAAUUCCGGAAAACAUUCGACAGUGAGAAUGACUCCUUUCGCCUUGAAUUCCUCUUGGUCCCUGUCACAGGGUUGUCAUUUCUGGAGAAUCACAGCUUUACACCCUUGGAGAUACUCUGGACCUUCUCCAUCUACCUGGAGUCAGUGGCUAUCCUUCCCCAGCUCUUCAUGAUCAGUAAGACGGGGGAAGCGGAGACCAUCACAACUCACUACCUUUUCUUCUUGGGCCUUUACCGCGCUCUCUACAUUGCCAACUGGAUCUGGCGCUACCACACAGAGAAAUUCUAUGACCAGAUUGCGGUAGUUUCCGGGGUGGUACAAACCAUCUUCUACUGUGAUUUCUUUUAUCUCUACGUCACCAAAGUCCUAAAAGGAAAAAAGCUAAGCCUUCCAAUGCCUAUUUGAAGAUGUUUCCACAAAAGCAAGUGCCUGAGGAUGAAGCUCUGGGCUCACAGCUUUCCUCUCUUGCCCC